AUGGGCAGGGGUUUCGACCACUCCUCUCGCUCUCCGCUGGGCGGCGUGGGUCAUCUGAGCCCCCGCUGGGGCAGCCUGUGCCCCCAGAGAGAAGCAGAGGAUUUGCCUGUCCAAGGUUCAAAAUUCCCCUUUCACAUGGCAUGGCGAGGUAUCCAGGGCUCCAGCUGCACGGUAGUCCUGGUCCUGCGGGUCACCCCAAGCGCCAUGGAUGAGCCGGGAAUGAGCCUUCUGGACCAGUCUGUGAUCAAGAAAGUUCCCAUCCCCUCCAAAGCCAGCAGCCUCUCGGCCCUCUCACUGGCCAAAGACAGCCUGGUUGGUGGCAUCACGAACCCCAGUGAGGUCUUCUGCUCCGUGCCAGGCCGGCUCUCUCUGCUCAGCUCGACAUCCAAGUACAAGGUGACGGUGGGGGAGGUCCAGCGGCGACUCUCACCUCCCGAGUGCCUCAAUGCCUCCCUCCUGGGCGGUGUCCUUCGCAGGGCCAAGUCCAAGAAUGGAGGCCGCUGCCUGCGUGAACGGCUAGAGAAGAUUGGGCUCAAUUUGCCAGCUGGCCGUCGCAAGGCCGCCAAUGUGACACUUCUGACUUCACUGGUGGAGGGAGAGGCCGUGCACCUGGCCCGAGACUUUGGCUACGUCUGUGAGACUGAGUUCCCAGCCAAGGCAGCUGCCGAGUACCUGUGCCGACAGCACGCUGACCCCGGGGAACUGCACAGCCGCAAGAGCAUGCUGCUGGCCGCCAAGCAGAUCUGCAAGGAGUUUGCAGAUUUGAUGGCUCAGGAUCGCUCACCACUGGGCAACAGCCGCCCAGCACUCAUCCUGGAGCCCGGAGUACAGAGUUGCCUGACACACUUUAGCCUUAUCACCCAUGGCUUUGGUGGGCCCGCCAUCUGUGCUGCCCUUUCUGCCUUCCAGAACUACUUGCUGGAGUCACUCAAGGGGCUGGACAAGAUGUUUCUAAGUGGUGCGGGCAGUGGGCAUGGUGACACCAAGGCUUCAGAGAAGGAUGCCAAGCACAGGAAAUAAAUGCUUCUUCCACUGCCUCAUCCCAGAGCGUUUCCCAAGGCCUGAAAUGAGGCCUUAGUUCCUGGGGGUGGGCCCGAAAGGAUUAAAAGGUGGAGCUUGAAUCAGGCCAGAAAGAGAACAUUCAUCCAGAGACCGUGGGUGAGAGGGAGAAGGGGAGGUGGCCUCUCUGCGAUGGUUUGUUGGUAAGUUAAGGGCCCAGAUGUCUGUCGCAUGGGUGCAAUUUUCUGACCCUUGAUUGCUGAGAAGUGCUUGGACAGGGAAUUGGCAUGGAGAAGCCUGGUUUUGUGGCUGAGCCCUGUGCCUCAGGGCACCUGGGCGGCGGUGGAUUUUCCUAGAGGCCAAAACCUUGCUGUUUUUACUGAUGGCAGGAGGGAAAUUGUUAACAAACCAGAGGUGCUGAGGAGUUGGUGCCCUCAUCCCAGAAUCUCCUACCCCCAGAAAAGGGGUGCUGGCAGGGGGCCCCUGUGGGUUUCUUGGAACCAUCCCACUCUUGGAAAGAAGUGGGCAGGAGGAAACCCCAAGGAGCAAAGCUAAAGCACAAAUUACAGAACUUGAAUCCAGGCUGCACUUCACAGUCCUAUUGCUGUUUGUCCUACUUAUUUAUGUAUGUUGUAAUUAAAUUUGAAAGUUUAAAAAUGUCUAGUGCAACUUAUUUAUCCCGAUGAGUGGAGGGCUCAUUUCACUGUUUUCUGCUUACACACAAAGACGUCCGGCUGGACCAGGAUGGAGAGGGAGUUUUUGCUCGCAAAGGGCUGUGGGUGGGCCGGGAAGGAAGGAAGAUUGUAUCAGGGACCCUGAGGUUGUCAUGGGGAUUUUGUACUUGCUGUUGUUUCUCUUGACCCUGCAGUCCAUGUACCUCUUUGACUCUCCGAUGGCUUUCUCAUUCUUAAUAAAACCUAUUCAUUGGGUAUGAAA